GGGAACGGUGGCCUGUCACCAUCUCCUCUGCCUGAGGGAGGGUCCCUGUGUCCCCCCGUGUCCCAGCGCUGCCCCAUUUCUCUCCCCUGCACCCGGGUGCUCUCAAUUCUGGAGAAUUUCUGUUGGCCGUUCCUGCUUGUACUGAAAUGCCCAUACCGGGAGAGCCCUUAACUGGGGUUUGACCUCCCCUCCUUCAGAGGUUUCUGGAACACGUCUCAGUGCCUUUCCUCAAAGUCAGGAAGCCCAAAACGAGGGCUUUGCCUGAGGAAUCCCCGCGGAUGUGCUCUCCCUGCCCGGCAGCCAAGGCCGUUUGGGGCUGUGCCUGGUUCUGAGGGUCUGCUCUAGUUGAGGGGCUCCUUUUAAAUGCUGGGGGUGAACCAAGGACAGUGGUUGCAGAGGUUACUAUUGCCUUGAGUCCCCCCCUGGGAUCCCACCCUGCUUCCCGAGGCAGCGGCAGCAGCACAACCCCACCCUGGCCUGGUGGGACCGGGCUCGGCAGGGUCCUGGCGCCGGACACUCCUGGGGACCAGGCAGUGAGGGCCGAGGAAGGAGAGGCCUCUCGCAGAUGGCAGCAGUGACAAUGGGCUUUGGAGAUCCUCUCUCACCUUUACAAUCGAUGGCGGCCCAGAGGCAGCGCGCGCUCGCCAUCAUGUGCCGGGUCUACGUGGGCUCCAUCUACUACGAGCUGGGGGAGGACACCAUCCGCCAGGCCUUCGCCCCCUUCGGGCCCAUCAAGAGCAUCGACAUGUCCUGGGACUCGGUCACCAUGAAGCACAAGGGCUUUGCCUUUGUGGAAUACGAGGUUCCCGAGGCCGCCCAGCUGGCCCUGGAGCAGAUGAACUCUGUCAUGCUGGGGGGAAGGAACAUCAAGGUGGGGAGGCCCAGCAACAUCGGGCAGGCUCAGCCCAUCAUUGACCAGCUGGCAGAGGAGGCCCGAGCCUUCAACCGCAUCUACGUGGCCUCGGUGCACCAGGACCUGUCCGACGACGACAUCAAGAGCGUGUUCGAGGCCUUUGGCAAGAUCAAAUCCUGCACCUUGGCCAGGGACCCCACCACAGGGAAGCACAAAGGCUACGGCUUCAUUGAGUACGAGAAGGCCCAGUCCUCGCAGGAUGCCGUGUCCUCCAUGAACCUCUUUGACCUGGGGGGGCAGUACCUGCGGGUGGGCAAGGCCGUGACACCCCCAAUGCCACUCCUGACACCUGCCACACCUGGAGGGCUCCCCCCUGCAGCUGCUGUGGCUGCUGCUGCUGCCACCGCCAAGAUCACAGCACAGGAAGCCGUGGCAGGAGCUGCAGUGCUGGGCACAUUGGCCACCCCGGGGCUCGUGUCCCCUGCCCUGACCCUGGCCCAGCCCCUGGGGGCUCUGCCCCAGGCUGUGAUGGCUGCACAGGCCCCUGGUGUCAUCACAGGUGUGACCCCUGCCCGGCCGCCCAUCCCGGUGACCAUCCCGCAGGUGGGCGUUGUGAAUCCCAUCCUGGCCAGCCCCCCAGCCCUGGGGCUGGUGGAGGUGAAGAAGGAGAAGGAGGAGGAGGAGGUGUUCCAGGAGUCGGAGCGGCCGGAGAUGCUGAGCGAGCAGGAGCACAUGAGCAUCUCGGGCAGCAGCGCCCGCCACAUGGUCAUGCAGAAGCUGCUGCGCAAGCAGGAGUCCACGGUGAUGGUGCUGCGGAACAUGGUGGAUCCCAAGGACAUCGACGACGACCUGGAGGGAGAGGUGACGGAGGAGUGCGGCAAGUUCGGGGCCGUGAACAGGGUCAUCAUCUACCAGGAGAAGCAGGGCGAGGAGGAGGACGCCGAGAUCAUCGUCAAGAUCUUUGUGGAGUUCUCCAUGGCCUCAGAGACUCACAAGGCCAUCCAGGCGCUCAACGGGCGCUGGUUCGCGGGCAGGAAGGUGGUGGCCGAGGUCUACGACCAGGAGAGGUUCGACAACAGCGACCUCUCGGCAUGAACUGCACCCCGGGGCUGGGGAUGGGCCUGGGGCUGGGCCUGGACCUGACCUUGGGGCUGGGAUGGGCCUGGACCUGACCUUGGGGCUGGGACUGGGCCUGGGGCUGGGCCUGGACCUGAUCCUGGGGCUGGGACUGGACCUGAUCCUGGGGCUGGGCCUGGAUCUGAUCCUGGGGCUGGGCCUGGACCUGAUCCUGGGGCUGGGACUGGGCCUGGACCUGACCUUGGGGCUGGGACUGGGCCUGGACCUGAUCCUGGGGCUGGGGAUGGGUCUGGACCUGAUCCUGGGGCUGGGGAUGGGUCUGGACCUGAUCCUGGGGCUGGGGCUGGGCCUGGGUCCAAUCCUGGGGCUGGGACUGGACCUGGAUCUGAUCCUGGGGCUGGGAUGGGCUUGGGUCUGGGGAUGGGCCCAGCUCUGAUCCCAGAGCUGGGAAUAGGCCCAGCUCUGAUCCUGGGUCUGGGAAUAGCCCCAGCUCUGAUCCCAGAGCCUUGAUCUGGGGAAUGGGCCCAACUCUGUUCCCAAGGCUUGGCUGAGCUUGGCCUCUGGGAAUUGGUUUAUCUGUGAUCCCAGAGCCUGGUUGAGCUCAGAUCCAGGGAAUUGGCCAAGCUUGGAUCCAGGGAAUUGGCCCAGCUCUGUCCAAGGAAUUGGCCGAGCUUGGAUCCAGGGAAUCAGCCCAGCUCUGAUCCCAGGAAUUGGCCAAGCUUGGAUCCAGGGAAUCAGCCCAGCUCUGAUCCCAGGAAUUGGCCAAGCUUGGAUCCAGGGAAUCAGCCCAGCUCUGUUCCAAGGAAUUGGCCAAGCUUGGAUCCAGGGAAUCAGCCCAGAUCUGUCCAAGGAAUUGGCCAAGCUUGGAUCAAGGGACUCAGCCCAGCUCUGAUCCCAGGAAUUGGCCAAGCUUGGAUCCAGGGAAUUGGCCCAGCUCUGUUCCAAGGAAUUGGCCGAGCUUGGAUCCAGGGAAUCAGCCCAGCUCUGUUCCAAGGAAUUGGCCGAGCUUGGAUCCAGGGAAUUGGCCCAGCUCUGUUCCAAGGAAUUGGCCGAGCUUGGAUCCAGGGAAUCAGGCCAGCUCUGUUCCAAGGAAUUGGCCAAGCUUGGAUCCAGGGAAUUGGCCCAGCUCUGUUCCAAGGAAUUGGCCGAGCUCCUGGGGUUCUGCCCUGCCCUCUCUGCCUCCCGGGGUUUUUGUAGCCGUGUGUAAAGGACAUUCCAGGACAUUCCAGGGCGGGCACAGGGAUCUGGUGUCUGGGGAGUUGAGAUAAAAACGCAGAGAAAA